UCGAGGUAAAAUCCUAUCCAUAUUUACGGCGAAAGAGAUAUUUUGUUUACGUGGUUCUUUGGUUGUAUAGCCUGUACUCUCGUGCUUAAAAAGGUGUAGUAAAUAAACUUGACAUUGUUGACAUCAUUUAUGCCCAUUUUGGGCCAGCUGGUUAUAUUAGACUAGUACAUUUUUAGUACAACCGUGUUGUGCGUGUAAAACCGAAAGAUUUCGAUGACUUUUACCCUGACGGGCUUUGAAGUGAAACGUAGUGCGGCCUAAAUACGGGACUGUCUUAUGGCUAAGACUUCUCGGUAGCCCACACAAAAAUAUGCUCAUGUAAAUUAUUCAGUUGUUGUUUUGUACGAAACUAUAAUAUACGUAGGACCAUGUGCCUGGCAGUUACAAAUUAGCCGAGCCGAAGGAUGACAAAAAUGUGUCAAAAUGUUAGAUAUCGGAUUUCUUCUCUGCGGCGUGAACUGUCCUCUCCAAGAGGUGCGCGUUGAAAUAUAAAGAUAAGAAGAAAAAGAAAAUGUCCAGCGAAUGACUUGAUGAGGAAAGGGAAGUUCGUGUCAGGGAGAGAGAGAGGGGGAUCAAGGCACUUCCCGGAUGCCAAAUCAAAACGAAAAAUUCCUGAUGAACUUCUUAGUUCAAGUGUGUAAUUUGUGCGAACAACAGGCUGUAGUGAGAAGGCUUCGUUAGAAGUUGUAUUGUGUCCCUUUUGUAAGGAGAUUGUACGCCUGUUUCUUAGGAGUAAGUGCGUUUUUGUUGAGAAAAUCACGUCGAGACGAUGGAAAACGUAUUUUAAGUGCUUGCGUGCAGUUGGAACAAACACCGGACCAAAGGCUGAAUCGUCAACUGCGGUUUUCUGUGUGUGUUGCAUAAUUGAUAUUUAAGUUGUAUUUUAUCUCAAUGUCAAGUUUGUAUUGCUCGAGUGCGGAGUCAACAGCUCGUCUCACGGGAAGUCAGGUCUGCCGGCCACACCUCAUACACAGUCCCGGUAUUCCUUGGCUGGACAGCGGGAAGGCAGCGCUCUCCGCCGCCCACCACAACGCCUGGGCGGUCAGUCACUUCAGCAAGCCCGGCCUGCACCCCGCCAGCGCCGGUUACCCGUGCAGCAGCAGCUCCAGCACCGCUCCCGUCUCCUCCCUCACAUCCGCAACCCACUCCAGUCCACAUCCCCUCUACAAUUUCCCCCCAACCCCACCGAAAGACGUCUCACCGGACCCCGGCCCCUCGUCUCCGACCUCCACCACUGCAAGAAUGGAUGAAAAGGAGUCCAUCAAGUACCAAGUGUCCAUCGCUGAUGGGAUGAAAAUGGAGGGAUGUAGUCCUCUUCGGGGAAGCCUGGCUAUGAGCGCUCAAACACCGUCCACGCAUCACCCCAUCCCAACCUACCCAACGUACUCUCUACCCACGCCACACGAUUACGGCGGCGGUCUGUUUCAUCCCGGUACCCUCCUCAGCGGAUCCGCUUCAAGCUUCACACCUAAAUGCAAAAGCAAGACGCGGUCGUGCUCAGAAUUCUGCACAGAGGGGCGUGAGUGUGUGAACUGCGGAGCCACCUCCACCCCGCUGUGGCGGCGGGACGGAACGGGCCACUACCUCUGCAACGCGUGCGGCCUGUACCACAAGAUGAACGGCCAGAACCGACCCCUUAUCAAGCCGAAACGCAGACUGUCUGCUGCGAGGCGAGCUGGCACCUGCUGCGCGAACUGCCAGACGACCACGACCACUCUGUGGCGGCGCAACGGGAACGGUGACCCGGUGUGCAACGCCUGCGGGCUCUACUACAAACUCCACAACGUCAACAGGCCACUGACCAUGAAAAAAGAGGGCAUCCAAACACGCAACCGAAAGAUGUCCAGCAAGUCCAAGAGGAGUAAACGAUCUGGCGAGGGUUUCGAGGAGCUCUCCAAGUGCAUGCAGGACAAGACCUCUCCGUUUGGCAGCGCCAGCGCUCUGGCAAGCCACAUGCCACACAUGGGCCACCUGCCACCGUUCAGCCAUUCCGGACACAUGCUGCCCACGCCGACUCCCAUUCACCCCUCAUUCAGCCACCCUCACCAUUCCAGCCGCUCUCCCGCCUGGGCCGAACCUCACUGAAGGCCCACGCCUGCUCGCAUCCCCUCUACAGGGGCUUUGCGUUUGCUCCUCCACGCACCCCCCACAGGUGAGGGACGCGAAGGGGUCCGCGUCGGUUUGGCUCCCGCUCGGACGCUGCCGAGGAAGCUGUCAUCUCAUCAACAACCACGUCAACUUGUACAGAGGACGGUCCGCGCGUUUAAAAAGCACCUCUCCCUUCUAGACACUGGGGACCCUCACGGACAGAGCAGAGGGAGAGAGAGCGCUGUCUUUGCUUUUAGCUUUUCGUUACGUUUUACUGAGUCACUUUGGUACUGUCCUGAAAGAGAGGAUGUGUCUUUGCAGAUUCACUGUGUGGCGGUUCCUCUGAGAACGGCCUCUUCAGAAACUCUCUGGUAAAGGACUCGCUCUGACUCUCUGCGUACGUGAUGAGUCAAAGAGAGGCGGAAAGAGAGAAGACCACUAAGUUGAUCCCCCCUAACAUGCUGGAAUACACCCCCCUUGGGCAUGAUUCCCUCUGAAUGGACUCUAUGGAUACGACAUACAGGCAAAGAAAUGUUUAUAAAGGUUAAUUGUUAUUAUCGUUAUUGUUAUUAUGAUAAUUUAUUUUCACUCUUUAUCUCUUAUUUCGCUUUCCUCAGAACACAUUGUUAUAUUAUAAAUAUUAUUUGAUUGUUAUUGAUUAAAAAAAAAAAAAACACUGACCUAUCCUAGCCAAGGCAAUGUUGCUGAGCUGUACGUUUUUAUCAUUUUCCAUUACACAAAUAAAGGAAAUAAAGUUUUAAUACUUCA